GUCAUGAUGGAAAUUGAUUCAGGGGCUGGGUACAUUGUAGUGAGUGAACAGACCUUAAAAGAAAUUAAAAUCCAGCGAGACAAGUUAGAACCGGGAGAAGUCAAAUUACAGACAUGGGCAGAUCAGAAUCUGGAGGUAGUGGGCACUACAAUGGUGAGUGUACAAUUUAGAGGAAGAGUUAUGAAUCUAUCAUUGUUAGUGAUUAAAGGAAAUGGACCAGGACUUGUUGGAAGAAAUUGGUUUCAACCAUUAGGAAUCAGAACAGAGGGACUAUAUCACCAACAUGAUGCAGAAGAUCUGAUACAAGAAUUCCAGCAUUUAUUCAAUAAUUCAGAAAUGGGUCUAUUUAGAGACGAGGCAGUCAGUUUAGCGAUAAAUAAAUAAGCUAAGCCUAUUUUUAUGCGGGCAAGACA